UCUUAGUCCCCCUCCGGAACAUGACUAUCAAGUUAGUCUGUCUCUCCUUACUGUUCCAUCCCUUCAACCUGCGCUGCUGACUGCACACAUACCCACAGUACUGACGCGGCCCUCCCAGUCAGAAACCGCUGUGAUUUCAGACGCACAAAACAUCUGAACUGAGCAGUAUACAAGCGCAGAAUAACCACGCGGUGAUCGUCUAUGAAACGAGAGCGAGCACACGGGUGCAAAUGUGAGGGAAUAUACCUGCAGACUACAGCUGCCACACUGAUGACAGAGCGAGAGGGAAGUCAGUUAGCCAGCUAACCAGCCAGAGCUAAACUCGACUACCAGGCAGGUAAAUGUGCGGCGAUCUGGACGGUUCAGCGACAACGUGCAACUCGAGCAUCUGAACGGAGCCGGCCGUCCACUACAGAGAGUAUUUCGCAGACUGCACAGCCAUGAGGAGGGUGACAUUGCGCUGUGCUGCCCGGCUCGUGUUCGCAGCUUUGUGGCUGUUGGUGGAAGUGUGUCGCGCUGAGACCGGGGCCCCGAGUCUGGCCGAGCGAGUCAUCUGGGCUGUUAACGCCGGCGGGGACGCACACACAGACGUGCACGGCAUUUACUAUAGAAAAGAUCCACUGGAAGGAAAACUGGGGAAAGCAUCAGACUACGGUAUCCGUCUUCCUAUCCUGCGCUCCAGCCCGGAGGAUCAGGUUCUUUACCAGACAGAGCGAUACAACGAGGAUACAUUUGGUUAUGAAAUACCUAUAAGAGAAGAAGGAGACUACAUACUGGUCAUGAAAUAUGCUGAGGUUUACUUUGCUCAGUCUCAACAAAAGGUUUUUGAUGUACGCUUAAAUGGCCACGUUGUGGUGAAGGAUCUGGAUAUCUUUGACCGUGUGGGUCACAGCACGGCUCAUGAUGAAAUAGUGCCAUUCUCAAUAAAAAGAGGAAAACUAAGUGUGCAUGGUGAAGUUUCCACUUUUAAUGGGAAACUCACAGCAGAGUUUGUUAAGGGUUACUAUGACAACCCCAAGAUAUGUGCACUAUAUGUGAUGAAGGGCAAGCUAGAGGAUGUGCCCAAGCUGCAGCCACAUCCUGGACUGGAAAAGAGAGAGGAAGAGGAGGAGGAAGAGGAUGACGGAGAGGGGGGAGAAAGCGAAAAGAAGAGCACCUCCACCGCUCCCAAGAAUCCGGUUCGGUCUGGGCCGCGCACCCCCAACCCGUACGCCACUGACAACAGCAGCCUGAUGUUCCCUAUACUUGUGGCAUUCGGGGUCUUCAUCCCAACCCUCUUCUGCCUCUGCCGCCUGUGAGGGGAACAAGUGAACGAGAAGGAGAGAGAGGAGAAGCGACGGACAUCAGGCUGUGGAGGGCUGGGGGGAGGGGUGCAAUGAGGGACGCACAGCCAUGGGGGCAGGCAGAAAUAUAGACUGACGUUACAACAGAUAGAGAGAGCAAAAGUUGGGCGAGAGACAUGCAGAAACGAGGAGGUUUCAGAUAUUGCUUGUUUUUGAAAGGGGUGACCCGGAAAAUACAAGGAUUUUGAGCGCGAGUUCAUUUUAUGAGUGUGUUUGUGCUUGUGUUCGUACACAUUUAAUACCAAUUUUAGUUUGAGGAGAUCCGAGAGGUACUGAUUGAAUGCACUUACACACACAUCUGCGGCAGGACUAACUACUUCACAAACCUGGUUUGUCUGGUCUAGCAGGAGAUACUGAGGAAGAGCUGGAGACACACCUAGAUCACGUGUCCCAACUCAUGGGAAGUUAUUGGCAUGGAGAAUUUUUCUGAUCAGCGUUGGCAUUGAUCUGCUGUUUUUUGGCCUCUUGUGGGAGGCAGAAAUGGUACAUGAAUUUUCACAACCAGUUUGAUCAUUUGGUUAAAGCAUCUAAAUCUCAGUGGCAAAUCAUAAAGUGUUUUUGUUGUAUUAAGUGAUUUGAGACCUUGGUUUCGAUUAACCUCACGUUUUAUUUCCCUCACACUCAUACGAGCUACUAUCAUUCAUUUCCUGCAGCUUCUUUCAUUUCUUUCUUUGGUUUAAAAAGCAUAAAUAUUCAAAUUUGCUUUCUCAUUCUUUAAUCGUGUAUUUACAGACCACAGCAACAUGUCUUUGAAUCUCUAACUGUACAAGGGAGAUAUAAAUAAUUUUUUCCCCCAUUUACUGGGACUUUUU